AUGUCUUCCGGAGAAUAUGUUUCGGAUUCUACCGGCAGCAGCCAGCACAGCGGAGCUACCGGCAGGCUCGAGGCCGAGAUCGACCGGAUGAACAUCUCCUCUUCUGCUCCCGAGGCCGGAGCCGGGAAGGGCCAGGAAGCCAGCAGCUCCAACCAGGCAAUAACCCGCGGCGCCUGGAAAGGUUCCGAUGUGAAGCAGCCGGAGAUCGAUUGGCUAUACCGCUCCCGGAGGAUACCGGCUGAGACCUGCGAGCGCUUCCCUCGUAUUACUGCGGAGGCGCUACAAGGCCCCAUCCGCAAGCGUGCGUUGGACGAGGAGGAUCCGGAUCCUCACGCAGCUGGUCAUAAGCACAAGAUGGGCAGGACCCACACCUCGCGCCCCGACCUCCCCUCUGCCAGUGGCAACCCUCCGAUUGUGGAGCACGCCACCCCGCUGGAGGCAAUGGUUGGCCAGGAGUUCCUGGACAAACUUGCCACCAGGGGCCAGAAGAAGAAGGCUCCGGCACCUGAGGCCGGCACGAGUGACGCUCCUCCCCCCAAGCGCUCCCGGACGGAAACUGUUGCCGGGAAGGUGGUCACAUCCAAGCGCUACCGGAAACGGGAAAUGCCGGUUUCUUCCGGCCCUCCGCUCAAGAUUGCCAAGAGCGCCACCGGCAUGAGGCCGGAAAGCACUGAGGACCACCGCGCGGAGGAGGAUUUCUCUUCCCCUCCAGAAGUUCAAGGCACCGGCGCCAGCAACAUUGGCGCCGGCACAGAAGAUGCCGGGAGGGCGGAACCUCUGGUUCCUCCCGUCCCGGAGAAGACUACGACAUCAACUGCCUCUCCCUCUAAGUCCGUGUCGGAUCCUUCCGCGCCGGCAAGCUCCUCUGUGGCCAAGGACGCACCGGAAGCUCCUGCGCCUCCACCGGCUGCUCCUACCGGCACACCAGCCGCCGGCCGGCCUACAACUCCAGCGCCAGACCCUGCCGCGGUGGCCAGCGCUGCCAGCUCCCCUUCCUCCAGCUCGCGGAGCCUCGUGCUGCACGCCAGCCGCGCCGCCCAUGUGGCCGGAGAAACGGCCUCAGCCCAGCUGGGCCGGAUCACCGAGCUCACGCGCGGCGGAGCCGACCUGGGCCACCUCGCUGAUUACGCUGAAAAGUGGAAUCGGGCAGAUCUGUCCCCAUCGACGCUCGGCCUGGGGAAGGACAGUCUGCCGGUGGUUGAUCCUGCCGGCCCCCGGAGCACCGGUCAGCACUUUGGCCGGCUGCGGCGCGCGGUCAAGGAGUUCGACACCGCGUGGCACGACGCCAACCAUAGCGUGGCGGACCUCUCCGACCAGCUCGCCACGCUCAAAGCUGAAAAAGAGCAGCUCGCCAAGGAGCACCAAGAAGCUCUGGAUGCUCAACGGAAAGUUACCGCUGAGCUGAAGGAUAAGCUCAUGGAGUCUGAAGUCCGGCACUCUCAGGAGCUCAAGGACGCCCAAGCUGCCGCUGAGACGAAGCUGGACGACACCUUGAAGGAGUUUACCCACAACAGCAAGGUGCUGCGGUUGGAGCUGGAAGAGGAGAGCAAGGCGCGAAAAGCCGCAGAAGAACGGAUCGCUACCCUCACCACGGAUCAGGCCGCGUAUGACCAGUUGGUCAUGCAAGCCGAUGCCCUGGCUUCCAAACUCUUUCCGGAUUCACAGGUGCAUGCUUCCAAGAAGGUGGCAGAACACAGGGCUAAGCAAUCCAUGACUAAUCCGGAUGCGCCCUGGGAUUCCUACGACCAUCUUGUGGCGCUGGCCGCCCGGAUCUGCCACAUGAGAGCGGUGGACCGGCAUCUGGUCGAGCUGCCGGAAAGGGCCAUAGAGAUUUUUAAAGUCCUGUGGCAUGAGGAGGCCGUUCCGGUGAAUCUGACGCUCAUCUCAGAUCGGUAUGCCGGGGUCUAUGAUGUAAGAUAA